AAACGGGAGGCGGUGAUUGGCACUCACUCACGCACACGACACGGUGUCCGUCCACAGUGUGGGAUUACAGAGGACAGCGGAGAGGAGUCAUUGACAGAACUGAAGGCACGACUGGAUUCAUAACUUUCCAAUCAACAUGUCAAAGGUAUUCAAGAAGACCGCCGGCAACGGACAUAUUGCCCUGUACUUGGGGAAAAGAGACUUUGUGGACCAUGUGGAUUCAGUGGAAGUAGUCGACGGUGUUGUUAAAGUGGACCCUUCUGGUCUUGACGGCAAAAAAGUGUUUGUCUACCUUGCGUGUGCCUUCCGCUAUGGAAGCGAAGACUUGGAUGUCAUUGGGCUGUCCUUCAGGAGAGACAUCUGGAUACAGCGUGUUCAGGUGUAUCCACCCACAGGUGAAAACACAGCCAAAUCACCAAUGCAGGAAUCCCUCAUGAAAAAAGUUGGAGAGCAAGGAUGUCCUUUCUCCUUCCAGAUACCGGCAAACCUCCCAUGCUCAGUCGCCUUACAGCCUGCACCAAAUGAUUCUGGCAAGGCUUGUGGCGUGGACUUUGAGGUUAAAGCAUACGUCGCCAACGCAGCCAACAAUGCAGAUGAAGUCAUUGAGAAGAAGGACACGUGUCGUCUGAUGAUUCGCAAAAUACAGUUUGCACCAGCCAGCAACAAGGCAGGACCCACGGCUGAUAUCACCAAGCAGUUCAUGAUGAGUGACAAACCAGUUCACCUGGAGGCCUCCCUUGAAAAAGAGAUUUAUUACCAUGGAGAUCCAAUUGCCGUGAAGGUAAAAAUCAACAACGAAACCACCAAGGUUGUGAAGAAAAUCAAAAUUUCAGUUGAGCAGCUAACAAACGUGGUGCUGUACUCAUCUGACACUUACACCAAGCCAGUCUGCUGUGAGGAGUUUGGGGAGACAAUUAACUCCAACUCUACAUUUGAGAAGUCCUUCCAAGUCACCCCCCUGCUGGCCAACAACAAGGAGAAGAGGGGUCUUGCGGUGGACGGACGGCUAAAAGACGAAGACACCCACCUUGCAUCAACUACUCUGAGUCAAGGAGACAAGGAGAUGCAGGGAAUCAUCAUCUCCUACAAAGUCAAGGUCAAUCUGAUGGUGUCUGGCGGAGGCCUGUUGGGUGGCCUAACAGGAAGCGAUGUCACUGUGGAGCUUCCUCUCACUCUGAUGUCCCCAAAACCUGCAGAAGUCGUAUUGGAUUAAAGCCUCUUUAGCUCAGGGCGGACAUCUCAAUCGAAGCCAUGGAGGACUGAGACAACCAGCUAAGGAAAAUCAUCUCUCUGACAGAGAACACAGAAUACAAAGGAACUCAACAACGAUGAAGAAAAGCACCAAGUGUCACCAAGUCACUACAAUGUUCUUAAUUCAUCUGUAAAUAUACGUUUUUAUUAGGCAUUACUGUGAGAACUCAAAAAGAGUCACUGAAAAGAGUCUAAACUCUGAGUGACAUUCCUCUGAUUGCCAUUAUAGCACUGAAUAGAAAUAAACAUGUGUUGAACAUUUUUCUUUGUCAAAAGGAAAGUCCCAUAGUAUGUAGUGUUAUGAAUACCAACCAUGCAGGCAUUUAUUUAUUCUUAAAGUUUAUUGCUGUGUCAUUAGAUACAUUGAUUUGUUGACUGAAUGUACAACUGUGGCUUGAAUAUCCCCAAAACACUCCUACUUGUAACAAGAGAAGUUAAUAAACAUAAAACACCUUUGUUUCCCUGAU